AUGCGUUUUGAGGUUGCCUCUGGCUCCAACGCGGUGUCACGCAAUGCCAGCCUCAUGAGGGUUUUUCUGGCAUUGUCUGCCCAGCUGCUCCAAGCCAGGCUGAUGAAGGAGGAGUCCCCUGUGGUGAGCUGGAGGUUGGAGCCUGAAGAUGGCACAGCUCUCGAUGUGCAUUUUGUAAGCGCUUUGGGGCCACUAUCAAAUGCUGUGAAGAGAAAUGUACCCAGAUGUAUCAUUAUCCUUGUGCUGCGGGAGCCGGCUCCUUUCAGGAUUUCAGUCACAUCUUCCUGCUUUGUCCAGAACACAUUGACCAAGCUCCUGAAAGAUCGAAGGAAGAUGCAAACUGUGCAGUGUGCGACAGCCCGGGAGACCUCUUAGAUCAGUUCUUUUGUAUUACUUGUGGUCAGCACUAUCAUGGAAUGUGCCUGGAUAUAGCGGUUACUCCAUUAAAACGUGCAGGUUGGCAAUGUCCUGAGUGCAAAGUGUGCCAGAAUUGCAAACAAUCGGGAGAAGAUAGCAAGAUGCUAGUGUGUGACACGUGUGACAAAGGGUAUCAUACUUUUUGUCUUCAACGAAUUAUGAAAUCUGUACCAACCAAUGGCUGGAAAUGCAAAUAUCAUCCCAACAUACAGUGAAUACCGAAUUGGAAAAACAGAUUUCUAAUGAGGUUGAUAGUGAAGAAAUGAAAAUGUCUUCUGAAGUGAAGCAUAUUUGUGGUGAAGAUCAAAUUGAAGAUAAAAUGGAAGUGACAGAAAACAUUGAAGUCGUUACACACCAGAUCACUGUGCAGCAAGAGCAACUGCAGUUGUUAGAGGAACCUAAAACAGUGGUAUCCAAAGAAGAAUCAAGGCCUCCAAAAUUAGUCAUUGAAUCUGUCACUCUUCCACUAGAAACCUUAGUGUCCCCACAUGAGGAAAGCACUUCAUUAUGUCCUGAGGAACAGUUGGUUAUAGAAAGGCUACAAGGAGAAA